UAUCCAAAGAGGCGUAAUGUGUCAAUUGUAAAUAAUUAAAUACGUUAAAAAGACAUGAACUCGUUGCGUAACCUCUUUAGUUCGCGUACACUAAACUACCUCCGGCAAAAUGGACAAAAUGCGCUUAUUAACAUCACACAACCGGUGGACACUGCCGCCCAGACCAACCCAAACACCGGAGCUGAGGUGAAGAAAAUCGAUCAAAAUCGGCCAAAAGAACCUUUGCUAAUACCAAAAACAAUACUAGAUGCCACCGUCUUUACGGGCAAGAAACUGCCAGCAACUUCGUCCGGAUCAAUCUCGCCAACAACGCUUCAACAAUAUCGUCGGAUGUCGCGUAAAAUUCACAUAGUCUAUCGUUGUAAAAUUUGUAAUACCCGAAACAGCAAAAAGGUUUCCGAAGAGGCAUAUACAAGCGGUGUUGUGAUCCUACAGUGCGAUGGCUGUUCCAUAAAUCAUUUGAUCAUCGACAAUGUGGGAUGGUUUACAAAUACGAAGGGUAAAAGUUUUGAUGAGGUGCUUGCCGAGAAUAGCAACAAUGUUAAAGUCAUUAGAGUUAAUGAAAAGGGUGAAUUAAUUUAGU